AUGAUGAUGCUUUGUAAUGUGGAACCACCGAGUUGUAGAGUUUGUGGAGAUCGAGCAUCAGGCCGUCACUACGGAGUGCUCUCCUGCGAUGGAUGCCGUGGAUUUUUCAAGCGUUCCAUUCGAAGAAAUCUUCGAUACACCUGCAAAGAAGCCAAGCGAUGCGUAAUAGACGUCGUUCGUCGGAAUCAAUGUCAAUCGUGUCGAUUUCAGAAGUGUUUGGCUGUUUCUAUGAAUCGACAUGCCGUCCAACAUGAACGCCUCGACACUCCACCCCGAUCAACCGCCCCGGCAGUUAGAACCAAAAAAGUGAAGAAAAUAAAACUCCCCGAAACCAUUGAUCAAUCUCUACUAGACCCUGUCACUUGUCUAUCUACAGUAAUCCAAUGGUGGUCCUCUCUCCCACCAGCCAACACCUUCCCAGCGUCUGAUAGAAGAGUAAGUAUAAUAUUCUCAAAUUGCUGGCACUCUCUAUUCCUAUUCCACAUUAUUUGUCAGCCGGGGAGUAGUUUGAUCAACGAGUGUACCAAUGAAAAACUCCGAUCGAUCCAUAAAUCGGUAAAAGCGCUGAAUUUGAAUGUGGUCGAGCAGUGGGCGAUAACAGUGAUAUUAAUUUAUCGAUCGGAGGAUGGUCGUUUGGAAUCGAAACCUGAAAUCCUUUCCACUCAAAUCGGUGCCAUGCAACUACUGGCUGAAAAUCAUGCGGCCCGAAUUUUCCAAUCCGGCAGCAAUCGAAGCGCUCAACUUCUCCUAGUUCCUUUGUCCAUAAUUCAAAUUCCAGAAUCUGAAAUUCGCGAAACUUUCUUCAAAGAUCAACAGGAUCUAGACGUGAUUUGUAGGAUGGCUGUUCAUUAA